AUGUCUACUGUUUUUUCUUUUCUCCUCUUACCCCAUAUUUCAUCUACCAUCUCUACUAAUAAUUUUACCUUUCCUACUACUACUACUACUACUACUACAAUACCUACUAUAGACAACGUAGAACCACUAAUUACACAAAAACAGAAACUUCAGCAACCACCACCAGUACUGAAACAAAAAUUUCACCCAAAACUGCAAUCCUCACACCCUCAAUCCCCAUUCAUUACAUCCCGCUUCUCCACAAUGAAAUUGGUCCGUUUCCUCAUGAACUUGCCCUCGGCAACCAACCAGUCGGUCACCGUCGAGCUCAAGAACGGCACGUCCGUCAACGGGCAGCUUCUUUCGUGCACGCCGCUGAUGAACGUGUCGUUGAAGAACAUCAAGCUUAUUCAACCACACCAGGAUCCACAGCUCAUGCAAUACAUGAACAUUCGCGGGAACCAGAUCCGGCAGAUCAUUCUUCCGGACGAGCUCAAUAUUGAGGGUUUGCUUGCGAAGAGUAGCAUGCGUAUCAAGGGCGCGGGUGCUGGCCCGGGGAAGGUUGUUUCUGACCGCAAGAAGCCGUUCAAGAAGGGCGGGAAGCGGGGUUUUUAG